CCAUUCCUUUCAUCUAUUCACCAACCCUUCAAUUAACAAUGGCCAAACUGUUAGCCAUCUUCGCUCUUUGCCUUCUUCCCGCGCUUUCUAUCGCAGCCACGCUCACUCAAAACCCAUUCCGUCUCAAAGGUCGAGUCUACUGCGAUACUUGCCGUGCUGGAUUCGAAACAUCCGUCACCAGAUACUUGGCUGGUGCAAAGGUUAAGGUAGAAUGCAGAGACAGGGACUCACUAAACCUGAGGUACACCUUAGAAGCGGUGACCGACGCAACUGGAACCUACGAGAUGACGGUUAACAGUGAUCAUGGUGAUCAGAAAUGCGAGUGCACCCUUGUGAGCAGCCCAGACCCUGAAUGUAAGGAGCCUAACAUUGGCCGUAACCGAGCCACCGUCAUCCUUACCCGCAACAAUGGGAUGAACCAAAAUGCUCGUUAUGCAAAUGCAAUGGGUUUCUUGAAGACAACCCCCUUAGCUGGCUGCACAGAACUCAUCAAAUCUUACUUUGCUGAGGACAUCUAGUUUCGUUUCUUAUAGUUAUUGGUUAUAAAGAUCUUGGUUAAAUGUCUCAUUUGCUGAAGAAUAAUUACACAGUUUAGUGCAUGCUAUAUUAUAUAAUGUCCAUUUUAUUAUAUUUCGGUACAAUCAUAUGUUGUUAAGUUUCUCCUAGUUGGUUACCAACAUGUGUAACUUUUCUACGUAUCAUCUCUAUUCUACAUGCUGUUGGUUCA